UGAAUGCAGUCGAAAGAAUCGAAAUGGGCAGAUUAAUAAUCAACGCAGUUUUGUUACUGAUAGUGCAGGAAAUAUAUUUUGUAGCCACAGCUACCGAUCAAGAGACGUGCGAAUCCGAUCGACUUAUGGAAGAACAAUGCCGUAUUCAUAAUUAUAAAACUGUGAAACCUUUACUUGACUAUUUUAGACAGGUUAGAAAUGAGUUAGAAGACAAAGAAAUUAAGGAAAAUAAGUUAAAUGAAUUAAAUUCGGAUCUUUUGGAAAAGUAUCAGGAAAUUGUAAGAAUUCAUGAAAAAUUUGUAAAGGAGGCAGCUCUAUUAGAUGAGUAUAAAAACAAAGUAAUUAAAGGGGAAAACGAUUUGCAAUUAUGUAAAAAUAGAGUUGAUAAGUUUGAAUCUGAGACUAAUUCACAACAAAAUGUAAUUGUGAAAUUAAAAGGAGAUUUAGCUGAGAAGUCCACCAAUUUAGAAAAUUGCGAAAUUCAAUACAAAACUCUUAAUUCUAGUUUAUUUGAAAAAGAUGAAAAUAUAAAGAGAUUUAGUGAGAAUAUUCAAAAUAUAACAGAACAUCAGAAAACAAUUGAAUUGCAAUUAGAGCAGAGUAAGACUAAAUUAAUAAAGAAAGAUAAAGAUAAUCAGCUAUGUCGAGCUGAAAUUGAUACAUUGAAUAAGACUUUACUCAAUACUCUCAUCCCAUCAAGUUGCUCUCCUUUUGGAGAUUCAGAUGUUCAUCCACUUAAUGUUUCUGGGAUAGGUUUCUUCGAUGUUUUAUGCGAUAGUCAGUUAGCUGGACCUGGAUGGAUUGUAAUACAACAAAGAGUUGGGGGAAAUGAGAGUUUCAAUAGGGAUUGGGCAACGUAUCGUAAAGGUUUCGGUUCUUAUAGGAGCGAUUUCUUCAUCGGACUAGAGAAAAUACAUCGAAUCACCAGUUUGCAGCGAUUCGAACUUUACAUACACUUGGUUGCUGUGAAUGGAAGUAUCUACAACGCUCGUUAUGACGACUUUAAAAUAUCUGAUGAAGACAGUGGAUAUAAACUGAGUUUGGGUAAAUUCGAUGAAACUAUUGUUGGGGAUGCGAUGAGAAUCGGCGAAAACUUGAAAUUCACAACAUUCGAUCGCGACAACGACAUUGGUGGUGGUAAUUGCGCAGUUCAAUACAAAAGUGGCUGGUGGCAUGUGAGUUGUUAUAAUUGUAAUUUAAAUGCACCAUAUGGGCCAGAUCUGGUUUGGUAUAUUCGAAUUCCAUUGAUAGAAGCAAAGAUGCUAAUUCGCCCUAAAAAAGCGAUCAAGAAGUGAUAAAUUGAAAAGUUGAAAUUCCUAUAUUUGACUCUAUUAUGUAAUCUUUUAUAUAUAAUUGUUGAAUUACGAAUUUACUUUCGUAAUAAUUAUACG